AUGGCAAACUUCAUGGAUGUGAUGACGAGACGCACUGUGGCGAUUGAUGAGCAGUUAAACCAGAUUACUUUUCGGCAGAUCCAACAGAAUCGUGAAAAGAUGAGGUCUAUUAUUAAGACCGUAGUGUUUUGUGGUCAGAAUGCAGUGGCUUUACGUGGUGCAAGAGAUGACAAUCCUGACGACGAAACUCUUCAGGGCAAUUUCCAAGCUUUGUUGGCUUUUCGUGUUGAUAGUGGAGACAAGACGCUGCAAGAACACUUUGAGAAUGCCCCUCGAAAUGCCACCUACCGUUCAAAAACAAUCCAGAACGAGAUUAUUAACACUGUUGGCAGUUACAUUACUGCAAAAAUAUCUGCAGAAAUUAAAGAAAGCAAGCUGUUUUCAGUGUUGGCAGUCGAGGCAGCUGAUAUAUCCAACAAAGAGCAGCUUUCCUUAGUCCUACGAUUUGUCGAUUCAAGUCAGCAGAUUCGAGAGGAGUUUGUUGGUUUCUACCAUUGUGAAGAUGGAACCAGUGGAGUGGCAUUGAAAGAGAUGAUUAUGAAAGCUGUAGCUGACCUUGGUUUACCAAUGGCUAACUGGAGAGGUCAAUCCUAUGAUGGUGCUGGCAAUAUGGCAGGAAAGUACAAUGGUGUUUCGUCACUUAUCCAAGGUCAGUUUAGCAAAGUUUUAUAUGUUCAUUGCAUGAACCACCCCCUCAAUCUCUGUGUUGCCGAUACUUCCUCUGAAUAUUUAGUUAAAGACAUGAUGUCUGUUGUAAGCAGUCUUUCCUCUUUCUUCUCUGGCUCUCCUAAACGGCAACAGCAUUUAAAAGAGAAGGUUAAGUCUUUAUUGCCUGCUUCCAAGCAUGAAGUUUUAAUUAAUGUUUGUGAGACCAGGUGGAUUGCUCGCCUUGAUGGCUUGAAUAGAAUUGUUGAGCUCCUUCUCCCAGUUGUAUGUACGAUAGAAGAUAUUGCACACAAUAGGAAAGGGGGGGACGAAGAAUCUGAUUCUGGUGAUUGGAAUCAAAAUAGCAAAGCAGCUGCUAAAAAGAUGCUGCCCUCUAUAACUUUUCAAUUUGUUGUUACUUUGGUCAUAGUUAGAUAUAUAUUAGACUUAACUAGACCUGCACUGUAAAGCUGCAAAGAAAAGAAAUGGACCUUUUGAAGGCUCAUUCAGAAAUUUCAUCUUUGAAGAAAAAUCUUCAAGACUUGAGGUCCAACAUUGAUAGAGAACACCAUAAACUCUAUCAGGAGGCAGUGGAACUUGCAGCUACAAUUGGGCUUGACCCCUUUAGGCCUAGAAUUAUUCCAGUGCAAGCACAUAGAAAUAAUAAUCCAUCAGAUUCUAUUAAAGGGCAUUAUAGAGUUAAUCUUUCUGUUGUUUUUCUUGAUCAUGCUUUAAAUCAACUUGAAACUAGGUUCCCUCCUGAAGCCUAUACAUGUUACAGUGGGUUUUCUAUAGUUCCCACUGUUAUGUUGGCAAACCCAUCCACAUGGAAAAAUUCUGUUACACUAUUUUGCCAACAUUAUUCUAGUGACAUCCCAAAUGUCAUUGGUUUGCCUGCCGAAUUAACUUUAUGGCAAAGAAGAUGGAAAGAUAAGGUUGAGGAAGUUGGUAUAGACAAACUUCCUGACAGGGUAUCCAAAACACUAAUAUCUGUAGACCCUGUAGCUUUUCCAAAUAUUUUUACUGUAUUAAAGAUAUUGGCAACUAUUCCUGUCACCUCCUGUAGCUGUGAAAGGUCAAUUUCAUCUCUCAGACUUCUUAAGAACUAUUUAAGGAACACUACAGGCCAGGAAAGACUAAAUGGUUUGACCCUAAUGCAUGCACAUAAGGCAAUUUCUCUGGAUUAUGAACAGAUCAUUGAUCUGUUUGCUACCCUUCAUCCAAGAAGAAUGAGAAUGGUGCAUAUUUUAUGUAGUGAUGACUAAAUUGACUAAUUAUUCAUGACUAUAUGACAUGUUAAUUUAUGUACAAAUGUGCAUGAUUAAUUGAAUAUUAAAUGCACAUACAGUAUAUAUUUGAUUAAAUGCAUACAGCCAUAAAGAACAAUAUUAAGCUAGCAACUUAAUACACAUGAAUUUAUAAAAUGUUUCACAUUUUGUUAGGCACAUUUGUAUGUGUUUUAAAUAUUUCCCGAUAAUCCCAUCCUUGACUUCUAAGUUUCUUCUUUGGAAGUGGUGGUUUGCUUUGACAUAUACUGAAAAACUGAAAUGUUACUUUGCUAACAAUGGUCAACUGCAUACGAUUCAGAUCAUCCAGUGAGAUGUUAUAUAACUUUGAAAGAACAGUGGUAGUUGUGUGCCAAUUGUCAUUGUCAUCUUACAUUACUGACGUGAAGUCACAGUGAAGAUAGCACAAGAACAAAUGAACAAUGACAUAUUCAUAUUGAUCAUUGACAUAAAGUAUAACGAACUUAAAAAAAGAACUUAAAGGUUCUUUUUUAGAGACUGCAAAUGCCUCAAAAAAAAAAGAACUUUAAUUGUUAAUUUGUGUUUAUUCCAGGACCUGGACCCCCCUCCCUCCCCUUAGCUAACUCGCGCCUCACGGUGAGAGCUAGUGUUGUCUUGGAAACUAGUCACAAGAACGUCUAGAUCCAUCCCUGCGCAAAACUAUCUAUUACACACUGAGCGUAUAGAUAUCUCCCAAAAAUGUAGCUCCCAUUUUAUAAAUCGGAGUGUACUGUAGUUGCCCCUGUAGACUGCGACUAAAAGUCAUGAAUAUGUAAGUCAUUGUAAGUAAAGUCCCACAUGCACAUACACACGUCGCAAGUAAAAUGGAAAUGUCCUUGGUAUCCAAUAUAUUAUUAAUUAUUAUGCAUAAAUGAGAGAUGUUUACCAUGAGAUACAGAAGAUAAAUCUCUUCCAUCCAAUUUCUUGAUGUGAACUGCAGCCAUCGUGGAAUAGGAAAGGAAAGAUGGCCCGCUUCACCGCUGAAAAAUACCGAAAUUUCCAAUCACGUGACUAUACUUAAAUUAACUUGCGCGCGCAAAUAACGUAUUUCGCAUAAUUAAUUUCAACUAUAAAUUAUUCCAGGAAGCAAUAAAAACUCUUAUCGCUGUGGCAAUAAGUUCCCUUACUGAAUGUCAUAUCUUGACACAGAGGGAG